AUGUCGAGACCGUCGCAUCGGACGCGCUCGCCGCGGCCAUUCGCGACGGCGAAUCCCUUCCCCCUCGCCCUCAUUCUUGUUAUCGCGCUCACUGCCUCCAGUCUCGCGGGCUCGACUUCUGCCGCCGCCCCUCCUCCCGUCGGCUCACCGGGGAGCGGCAUUUCUGACACAUAUGUUGUCGCGGAGAUGGUGGAUGGCGACUCACGCGCAGUCAUCUACCUGCGCCUCUCCUUCGAUUCCGCCACCGCCACCGUCCAAGCGACCUACAAGAUCUUCGCUGCUCUCCCCACCGGCCCGCCCGCCUACAUCACCCUAGCAAACACAACCGUCCCCGGAUGCGACCCGUCCAGCUGCAGCCUCCCCCCAGCCGCGCCCACGUGGGUCCAGCCCGUGCCGUCCGUGUGGCAGGCUGUCGGCACAUUCACCAGCACCGCUGCCACCGAUCCCGAGCGCUACGCUGCUCUGCUACAGAUGAUUGAUAACUCGUUGGUGUUCCCCGGGGUGGUCAUGGCGUAUGGGACAAGUACCAUGCAGGCGGCUGGGUUGCGGUCGGCAGUGGGGCAGUUCCGGGUUGAUGCCAACCUGAAAUUCCGUGAGUGUGGGAUGGUGGACGUUUCGGGUGCAACUAGUGUGGAAGUCGGGCCAGUCCCGGCGACUGUUCCCAACCCCAACUACGUCGUCCGCUUUCGCUCCUACAUGCCUGGCGGCGCCAACCUCACCUUCACCCAGUCAGCCGAUGGGCUGUCCUUCCGAGUGGACGUUGUCUUCGUCGUGGUGGUGCCCACCGAUGAGCCCUUCACCACCGCCCUCCGGGUCUACUUGCAAGAUAUCGUCCCGGCCCUGCCUUCCUCUGACCCAGAGCACCCUGGCUGGAACUACAGUGGGUUCAUGCAAGAGGUGCGGGCGACGAUUGGCGAGUUCAACGCGCUGACGGCGCUCAUGCAGUAUGCAGUUACUGGCGUGAAGGGGCGGCUGGUGAAUGCGACCAUGAGGAUUGUUUCCAUUGACAUGCCUAACGGGCCUAUUGACAUCCUUGAACGGGUGAACAAGGAUCCGUUCACGGACGAGGAGGAUCGCAUCAUCGUGAUGGGGCACGCGGAGCAUGGCAGCAAGUGGUCCAUCAUCGCUAAGAGCCUCCCCGGCCGCACGGAUAAUGCUAUCAAGACCUCCCGCCUGCUGGACUCUCCGCGCGACAGUAUCAGCGGAAACAGCAGCGCGGGUCCCGCGUCCCCCGCGUACGCCGCCAUGUACCGCUCCGCGUUCCCCGACAGCCCCACGUUCUCGCCCGGCAGCGGCGCCGGCACACCCGGGAGCGGACGAUACGACUCUAGCCGAGUAGAACACAUCCGCGCGCUUACCGACGUUCUCCGCCGCCUCGCCACCACCUCCGCCGCCGCGUCCACCUGCUCUUCCCCCAGCGGAAUGCACUCCGGCGUGCCCUCCCCCCAUCCGCUUUCGCAGCCCUUCUCCCCCCACGGCCUCUCCUCCAGCAGCGGCGCGCCGUCCCCCGGUUCCGCGCAGCCCUUCCCCUUCUCCGUUGGUGCGGGGGCAGGCGCAGGCGGAGGUUUCGGUUCCGCCAUGACCGGGAUCGGCGGAAGCGGAGGGGAUGAUCUGCUCGACUUGCGCCAGCAGACCGCCAAACGCCUCCGCCUGGCCGCCGCGUAUUCCGGGAUUCCGUUCUCCGAACUCCCCUCCCCGCAAGAGGUUCUCGCGUUCCCCAAAAGCACGAGCCUGGGGGAGCCCUCCGCGCCCACUCCGCCCAUAGUUUCCCCCCUCUUCCCGCGCUUCCUCUCCUCCGCCGGCGCUGCCGGCGUAGGGGGGAGCGGCGCAGGUUUCGGCGGAGAUAACGCUCUGGCGGUGCUUGCAGCGGCAGGGGAAGCGGCUGGGGGGGUUGGCAUGGGUGGCGGCGCAGGCGCGGGCGGGUUUGGGGGAAUGGGCGCGGGGGUGGGGUCUUCCCCCCUCGGCUCCCCAAACACCAUGUUCCGCGCAGGUCUCGGUGGAGGAAUGGGGGGAGGGCUGGGGGGAAGCGGCGCAACUGCGAAAACGCCACCGUUUUCCGCCUUUCACCACCGCUCUCUCCUCCGCUCCUCGUCCUCCCCCGUAGAGCGCGCCCCCCUCACCGGCCUCUUCCCCUCAGGCCUUGGAACCCCGAGCCUAGGGGGCUCCACCUUGGGAUUAUCGGUCUUGGGGGGAGGGGGUGGGACAGGAGGAGGAAUGGAUGGUGGUGGUGGUGUUGGCAGCAGCAGGUCGAAAGGGCCGUCGAUUCUGGGUCGGCGGAAUCUGACCAUUGAUUUGUCGGUGCUGGAGCAGCAGCAGCCGUCGUCAGCGAAUGCCACACCUCAAGGUUCGCGCGGCUUGACUGGCGCUGGCGCCGCCGCUGGCGCCGCUGGGGCUGCUGGGGCUGUGGCUCCCGGUUCUGCUGCCGCUGGUGACGUUUCCGCGGGUUCCUCUGGCGGCGGUGGCGCUGUUGCUGCGGGUGGCGGGCUCGCUGGUUCCAUGGGAAUGGACGACGUGGCGGCACAUCUGUCCUUGACGCCAGCAGUAGCGGAUCGCGUCUCCGUUACAGGAAUUGCGCAUGAAGCCUCGUUAGUAGCAGCGGCCGUGGAAGAUGCGGAACGGGCUAGAGCGGAGGAUGCGGAGAGAGCAAGUCACCGGAACAAGCGCAAGUUCCGCCUGGACGCGCCUUCCGCGCAGGGAAGCCCGCCGGCCGCUGCGCCGUUAGCGUGUCCGCCGGUGGCGGAGACGGACGGCGGUCAUGCGCGUCAGGAUGUAACGCAGCUCGGAUUGCAGGUGAAAUGUCAGGUGGUAUCGCAGGUGAGAGCGCGAAGCGGUCAGGGGUUAGCAGGGACGGGGGAGAGUGACUUGGGGAAGCUUCAGCAGCAGCAGCUAAGGCUUGCGGCGAGCACGCAGCAGCAGUCGCAGUCGCAGUCGCAGUCGCAGUCGCAGCAGAAGGCGCAGCAGCAGUCACAGGCGCAAGGCUCGGCUGCUGCGCGCAUGGCGCAGAUGCAGAUGACUUUCCGCGAGUCCGCGGAAGCAGGGGCGUACGGUGCAGGGGGAGCGUCGGGUAGCCGGGUUACCUUGCGGGGGGAUGGUCUCCGCCGUUGGGGGUCGCAGGGGGAGGAAGGUCUGCGCGGAUUUGAAGACGAGGGGGGUUUGGUGUCUUGUACUGAAGAUGCUUGUGACGGGUCGUGCGUGGGUGGGAUUAUCCACGUGGAGGAUGAGUAUUAUGACGAGGACGGGGAUUAUGAUGACGGUGAUGACGUGGACACAGUGGAUGCGCAGGAGGAUUAUGACGAGGACGAUGACGUGGAUAUCGCGGAUGAUGACAUGGAGAGCGAAUUUGAUGACGCGGAUGACGUGGCAGAGGAGAGCGAUCUGUCGCAUGUUGAUCCCCGUUAUGAGCAUCACCAGUCCCAGCAGGUCCGGGAAAGGCUCGGGGAGCAGAACCCACACCUCCAGCUUCGGCACCGGCAGCAGCUUCGGAACGCGCCAUGCCUUGGGGUCAGGCUCGGGGCAGGGCACGGGGGGGAGCCCGAGCCUGGGGUUUUCGACUCGGAGGGAGCUGCAGCAGGAUGGGGUGUCUCGUAUGCUGUGCGCGCUGCAGGCUGUGUGGGGCCCGCAGAUGAGCCGCGGGGAUGCCAUGUGGUGCCUUCUCAUGAGUGA